AUGAAGAGAGCAAAGAACUGGAUUGGUACUUGUCAAUCUGAUGGAAGUCACGUUGAGUGUCAGGAAGCUCAUCGCGACCGACAAACAAAAGAUACACUCCCGAGGAGGCUUCUCCACGUGGGGUUGUCUACAAGCCAACCCCGGAUCGCCGAAGAACUUGAGCCUGUGUCUUAUUGCGCAUUGUCGUAUUGCUGGGGCAACAAGAACCUCUUCAUUACAACACAAGGCCAUCUGUCACAAAACAUGGGUGGAAUCUCGAUGGACUCUAUCCCAGCCGUCAUGCGGGAUGCUAUCUUCGCAGCUCGGUCUUUGGAAUUUCAAUACAUAUGGAUCGACGCCUUGUGUAUCGUGCAAGAUGAUGACAAAGACUGGGCAUACGAAGCCGCCAUCAUGGACGCUGUAUUUUCCCGCGAGGUUGAAACUUUUGCUGCAGAGAGUAGAGAAUAG